UUGCCGCCUUUACUGCACCAUUGGCUGUAACUUAUUGCGGCUCAAGGACGUGGGGCAGAUACCACUGCAUCUGAAAAGUCAUGAAGUCAUCACGAUCUUCGGAGUUGAUGUCAACCCCGAGCAUGAAUAAGCAAACCCCCCACAUCACUCCAGCAUAUAAACCGAACACCAACCUUCGAACGAGAUCAUCGGAAUUUUGACUCCAAGAUAUCUGUUCAAAGCGGCCCCGACAAUGUCAGAUCCACCCAAGCCUCUCCACGACAAUGUGUCACGCACCAAAUCCAGCUCCCCACUAGGACGAGCCGUCUUCAUCGGCCUCCGCGCCGCCGACGUCUGGUGGCAGUACAGCUUGUUCAGCCAGGGCUGGGCCUCCCAGCUCAUAACCAAGCUGGGUGGCUCUCCCGUCGUGGCCGGCAACGUUUGGGCCACUCCCAGCAGCAGCCUUCACAUCUACUACCACCUCGUCAGCUUCCUCUCCCUGGGCAGCAGCAUCAAGCAGAUCGCCGCCAUGCUGUUCGUCUCCGAGCAGGAAACCCCCGUCGGCUCCGCCGCCCUGAUCGCCUUCUUCAACACGGCUUUCAAUACAAUUAACACCCUCCUCGCCAUCUGGUCGCGCACCUCCCAAGCCCCAGCCUCCACCAACAAAACGCUACUGGACUUCAUCCUAGCGAACCCCACCGUAACCAUUGGCUUCAGCGCCUACCUCAUCGGGAUAUUGACAGAGGCGGUCUCCGAGUUCCAGCGUCGCGCCUUCAAGAAAGACCCCGCCAACAAAGGCAAGCCCUACGGCGGGGGUUUGUUCUCGCUGGCGACCAAUAUCAACUAUGGGGGGUAUACCGUCUGGCGGGCGGGGUAUGCGAUGGUGACGGGCGGCUGGCCGUGGGCGGCGACGACCUUCGGGUUCUUCUUCUGGGAUUUCGCGGUCAGGGGCGUGCCGGUGUUGGAUGACUAUCUGGUCGGUCGGUAUGGGCAGGCUUAUGAGGACAUCAAGGCGCGGGUGAAGUAUCGGUUGAUUCCUUGGGUGUAUUAGAUGUCUCUGCAAUUUUUUGGAGUGCAGGUGGUAGCUGGAAGCUUGGCACGACGGAUGAAAGGUAAUGUGUGGUGAUGCUGCCAGCUUGGUAGAUUUUACUGUCAAGCGAACUGGAGACGGCAGGCUUGAGGACUCCUGUAAUAGGUUUUAAUGAACUUUAGCGUUUCCCGAAAGUACAGAGUACCAGAUGCUUCUGUUAUGUUGUGUGGUGAGUACCUACUUAUCGGUAUCCAGUGGUACCGAAAACGGCUCUAAAAUGUAAGACGAAUGUUCUUCGGGAAUACUUUGUCAUUCGCGAUGGAGAUGAUCCAUAAUAUUAGGGCAAUUCUCCUCCUGUUCUUUUGUUUUUGUCCUUUCAGCUUCCUGUUAUAAGUCAGAGACAAGUGAGCAGAUGACAAGCCUCGAACUCGGACUAUUAUCCUCUCUGAGAAGUCUGGGUGUUAUGGCAGAGGCAAAUUCAAUUCCCUAGGACGUG